GGAGAUCCACGCGGGGCCUCCCGGAAACCGUGCUUCUGCCUUGCGGGUCCGCAGCGUGGAGAGUCCAACCCCGCGCCCAGGCGCACGCCGGCCCCUCCGCGCCCCCGGUGCGCGCCCUGCACCAUGUCUGUGGCCGACCAGGCCUUUGUCACGUUGGCCACCAAUGAUGUCUACUGCCAAGGGGCCCUGGUUUUGGGACAGUCACUGAGGAACCACAGAGUGACGAGGAAGCUGGUGGUAUUGAUCACCCCUCAAGUGACCAGCCUGCUCAGGGUCAUCCUCUCCAAGGUGUUCGAUGAGGUUAUUGAAGUGAACCUGAUCGACAGUGCAGACUAUAUCCACCUCGCCUAUCUAAAGAGACCUGAGCUGGGGGUCACCCUGACCAAGCUUCACUGUUGGACUCUCACCCAUUACAGCAAGUGUGUGUUCCUGGAUGCAGACACCCUGGUGCUAUCCAACGUGGACGAACUCUUCGACCGGGGAGAGUUUUCCGCCGCUCCAGACCCUGGCUGGCCGGACUGCUUCAACAGCGGGGUGUUCGUCUUCCGACCAUCUCUGGAAACCCACCACCUCCUCUUGCAACAUGCCACGGUCCACGGCAGCUUUGACGGUGCAGACCAAGGCUUGCUGAACAGCUUCUUCAGCGACUGGGCCACCGCCGACAUCCACAAGCGCUUGCCGUUCGUCUACAACCUGAGCAGCAGCGCCGCCUACACCUACGGCCCCGCCUUCAAGCAAUUCGGUUCGAGUGCAAAGGUGGUCCAUUUCUUGGGGCCCACAAAACCGUGGAGCUACAAGUACAACCCGCAGACCGGCUCGGUUUUGGAGCAGGGUUCGGGAUGGGGUAACGGGUCCCAGGCAUCGUUCCUCAACCUGUGGUGGAAGGUCUAUCACAGCAGCGUGCUCCCUCUUUACGACGCCAUCCCAGCCGCAGGGAAGCCCAGCUCUGCAGAGCCUGCCCUCUCUCUGUGCCAGGUAAUAGGUUGCCCUGACACUGAGACUUCCGCCGGAAUCGUGCAUGGUCUGCUGUUGCGCUCCUCCCCUCCGAUUGCAGAGUCCCCAGACAUCCAAUGCACCUUGCAGCCAACGCAUAAAGCCGAAAGUAGCCCACCUGAAGACACCUUGGAGCCACGCCAGGAGCCCCUUGUUGAGGUCAUCAGGGGACCUGGCCCCCAGGAUGCGCUGGAGGUGGACCUGGCCAUCUCAAUGUCCGAGAUUUCCAUCGAAGAAAAAAUCAAGGAGGUCAGCCCGGAGGAGGAGAGGCGGAAGUGGGAAGAAGGGCGCAUCGACUACCUGGGCAAGGACGCCUUUGCCCGCAUUCAGGAGAAGCUGGACCGCUUUCUGCAGUGACCCCGGGGGGACGCCGUGCCGGACGCGGUCGGAUGGGACCGUGUCGUGGGCUCCUGCCCUGGGGCUCUCUCUAGACCUCCUGAAAAGACACGCCUAUACCCAUGUGCCUCUACUGACGGCUCGCCGGCCCAUGCCUCAGUGCCUGCCACGCCGCUGGUACACGCCCAGCUUCACCCCUCCCGCCCGCACCCUGCUGCCAUGCCAGUCACCAUGGCGACUCGGCCCUCCCAGGAGGUCGCCUCUUCCAAACCAUUCAGGAUUAAACGUGUGCUGGAUCCA